GAUGAAAUAAAUAGUGCUUUUUGCAUUGUUGGCAUGUGUUGUUUUCACACAUAAUGAUAUUAAGCAUGUGCAAGAAUUACUUGGAGAACUAAAGGACGAAAUUCAUGAGUAAAUCGUAGCUUUAGAUGCUGAAUGGGUGUUAACAUAAAAAGUAUUGAUUAUUAAAUAUGAUAAAAGAUGAAACAAGCUAGUAUUUAAGCAUUAAGAUAAACAAAAGUUGAUUAAGAGGCUGAUUGUGAUAGAAGAGAUGAAAAUGUAAUCAAUAAAAAAACAGAAAUUUAAGAAAUGUCUGAUUUAAUUGCAUGGAUCCAACAUAGAAUUCAUGUCAAUAAAAAUAGAAUUCAAACUAUUGAAGAUUUAUAAUGUAGACAAUCUUUGAACUUUGUUGACACAGUCAGAGAUGAUAAAAUUUCAUUAACAGUCUCAAUAUUUGUUAAAGAAUAACUUGAAAAAAUUGUAUCAGAAGGCACUUCAUUUGCAUAAAAAUCAUAAGCAAUGAAAAAUAUCCUAUCAUUCCUUUAAGAUAUAAAAGAGUAGAAAUAUGAAUUUUUGGAAUUAACAAGAACAAUGGAAAUUGAAAGAGAAGAAAACCCUAAUAUGAUUGAAACACAUAUGGGCCCAAUUGAAAUGAAGAAAUUCUAAGAAGUUAGACAUGAAAUCUUAGCAGUUUUAGAUGAAUUAGAGGCUCAAAUUAAUUCUCAUAUUCCAAUUGCACAAGCUGAUAUGAUUAGAGUAGGAUUAGCUUAUCUUGAAUGGAAAUAAAGAAUCCUUAAAGAAAAUGAAUUUUUUGAAUAAAAGAUUGUUGAAUUAGGAAAAUAAUUAGUAAAUUUAAUUUAUCUAAAGUAAUUAGGAAAAUUUAGGUGAUUAAUUGCUAGCCUUAGAAUACAGUGCAAAAUAAUGCAGAGAAAGAGUAACAGACAUUGAAAGAGCUAUUGAAGUAGCAAAAAAUGAUAGUGUACUAGCUUACAAAGAUUAUGUUGAGGAACAUGAAAGGUUACUUAAACAAUUAGCUAUUUUCUCACAAUUAUAUUAAUUAUAUGAUAAAGAAAUUGAUAAUAAAACAACAGAAGCAGAAAAAGAAGCAUUGACAGUAAUCAUUUAAUAUUAUCAAAUAGUAAGAAAGAAAUGAUCAUCCUAUUGUUGGUGGAGAUAAGAGUUCAUUACCUCCUUAAUAUAGAGAUGAACCAGAAGAACCUCUUAUUGUUGGUGGAGAUUAGAGCUCAUUACCUCCUUAAUAUAGAGAUUAAACAGAGGAAGUAGAACCUAUUGUUGGAGCAGAUGAGAAUUCUUUACCUCCUCCAGAAGGUGUUGAAGAGACAGAGGUUGAAUCAAAUGAAGAAUAAGAAGCUAUGAUUGUUGGUAAUGAUGAAAGUUCAUUACCUCCUGAAUACCAAGAACCUGUUGAAGUUCCAGAAUUAGAAGAAACUGAGGAUUAAGAAUAAGUAAUAUUAUUCUUUUAAUUAUUUAGUUAUUGAUUAAAAGAGGUCCUUUAAAACUCAGAGAAGUUGAAACAGCACCAUCAUAUAAGAGAUCUGAUUUCAUUUUACUUUAAAUGAAAUAAAGAAAGACAGAAUAGGAUGAAGUAAUUUUAUGAU